UACUUCCCUGGCAGUUGGUCCCAGGCGGCCCUGCCCAGGCACGGCUGAGGAGGUAGGGUAUAGGAAGGGGAAGCCCCCUUGGUUUCUGUCUCACAGCAGGGACCCAGCAGGGAAACCCCAUGGGUCCUAAAAGGAAAGUGGCAGCAGUGGGCUUGGGGGAAGACCAAGAAACCCCCAUCUUCUCCCUGAAGAUGGGAAAUCUAGGGUGGGGCUGAGGGCGGGGCUGUGCUGGAAGGAAGAUCUGUAACCGGCCCUGACGGCCCCUGACAGCCGUCUACAGAGCAGAAACACCAGAACUAUUCUGGGACCUGGCUGAGCCCUGAUCCUGACCUCACAGAACCCCAACCUGGCCACAGACUGAGCCCUGACCCUGGUCAUCAACUGAGCUCUCAUCCCAGCCCAAGCCUGAGUCCUGACCUGAGUCACAGGCUCAGUCGGAACCUUGGCCGCAGACUGAGGUCUGGGCCCCAUUUGGCUUGAGCUCUAAGCCCAAUCCUAACUGGCCCCUUGCAGAGCCCCCAGGUCAUUGAUAGCUCUGACCCCAAACACAGGCAGAGGCAGGAUGUUGGUCCCAGACAAAGCUCUGAGUCCAGCCCUAGACCAAGUCCUGAUCAUAGUUAUAGACUGAACACUAAUCCUGGAUCUGCCUCUGGCUGAAGUCUGAGCUUGGCCCUGAAUGAACGUGUUCUCAUCCAGCCCUGACCCUGACUAUAGACUGAACUCUGACUCUGCCCAGACUGAGACCCCACGGCCUCACACAAAACCCCAUCCCAGCUACCCACUGAGCCUUGACUUCCCUGGCACUCCCUCCCUCAGCCAUCUGGUAAACCAGAAGAGAGUAAGGAUGACUCAAAACCCCAAGUCCCCUCUAAUGGGCAAUCCCCUUACCUGGCCAUCCGUCUUUUGAAGGACAGUGAGCUGGUGAUGGCAUUAGGAUGAUGAUGACAAAGAAGAGAAACAGGAGGGGGUUAGAGUCUCUGGGAUCUAGCAGCAAGCAGAGCAGGGUGGCUCACCCAAGAGUGGGGAAGUGAGGGCAGGGCUGGACCUGGUAGAGCAGCAGGGAGUCAGGAGCUGCGAUUGACCGAAACCCCAGCUUCCCACCACCCUCACUGCACCUCCCACCCCCUCUGGGAAGGGAAAUUACAUUUCCCCAUUUUAGCAAGGGGUGGUGAGAGGGAAGACUGAGUGAACACAAAGCCGAAAGUACAAGCAGGACGGAAAGUGAAACCGGGCGCAGCCCCCAGUAUAAGACUCCCCCUGCCCGGGAGAUGGCUGUCCAAAGAGGCUGGCCCCACCAUGGGCCAGACGGCAGGCGACCUUGGCUGGCGGGUCAGCCUUUUGCUACUCUCCUUGCUCCUGGCUCGAGCUGGUGUCUGGGGAUUCCCGAGGCCCCCAGGGAGGCCCCUCCGGAGCCUGCAGGAGUUGCAGAGGGAGUUCAAGGUCAGCCUGCAUCUCUCCAGGAAGCUGCUCUCCGAGGUUCGGGUCCAGGCCCGUGACUUUGCUGAAUCUCACCUGCCAGGAGUGAACCUGGACCUUCUGCCCCUGGGAGAGCAGCUCCCCAACGUUUCCCUGACCUUCCAGGCCUGGCGUGGCCUCUCUGACCCAGAAAGACUCCGCUUCCUCUCCAUGACACUUCACCCCUUCCAUACCCUGUUGGGAGGGCUGGGGAGCCAGGGGUUCUGGACCAGUUCAGAGAGGUUGCAGCUGUGGGCCAUGAGGCUGGAUCUCCGAGAUCUGCAGCAGCACCUCCGCUUCCAGGUGCUGGCUGCAGGAUUCAACCUCCCUGAGGAGGAGGAGAAUGAGGAGGGGGAGGGGCUGCUCCCAGGGGCUCUGGGCGGCCCCUUGCAGAUGUCAGCCCAGGUGUCCUGGCCCCGGCUCCUCUACACCUACCAGUCGCUACACUCCUUGGAAAUUGUCUUGUCUCGGGCGGUGAGGGACCUGCUGCUGCUCUCCCAGGCCGGGAACCCAGCCCAGGCCUUGGGGUUCCCCACACCCAGCUCCCAGCCCUGAUGGAGGGUGACUUCUUAGCCCCUUCCCUCCACCCAUCAGGACUUGAGGACUGGAGUCUGGGCCAGCAGACAGGCUCCGGCUCAUCUGCCUUAGACAAGGCACGACUCCACUGUUCUCCUGCCCCAGACCCUAUCCAAUAACUUAAGGCCCCUCCAGUCCUUGCCAGAUAUUUAUUUCUUAGAUAUUUAUUUAUUGUUUAGAAAAAUGGUUUAUUUAUUGUUUCGCGGACCUGCUGGUCAUCCUCAGACUAGGCUGCCACGCUGGGUGCCUAAUAAAGCACUCUCGCCCUC